AUGCAACUCCUACAUGCGGUCCUAUGGAGCAGCUUAUUUUGGCUAUCAGUCGCUGCGGGAUCUUUGCAGUCCGUCUUUAAGCGCGCUCCCGUGCCGUACAGGGUCCAGACGCCGCCCCUGGACACGGACUGGACAUACAAGGUCGGCAGAGACCCUUGGCCCGAGCAUCCUCGCCCCCAGCUCCGUAGAGAUGUCUGGCAGAACCUGAACGGAAUCUGGACGUAUCAAGAGGCCAGGAGCGCCGCCGAUAUCGACAAGCUCCCCGGCGGUCUCCUUGAGCGCGAGGUCCUGGUCCCGUCAUGUAUCGAAAGCGGCCUGUCGGGGAUCCAGCUCCUCAACGUAACACGCAUGUGGUUUGCGAGAAGCUUUCGAGUUUCAAAGGAAUGGGAAGGGAAGUCGGUCACCCUCCACUUUGAAGCCGUGGAUUAUGACGCCACCGUUUUUGUCAACGGAGUCAAAGUUGGCAAUCAUGUUGGCGGAUAUUUUCGAUUCAGCCUCGACGUGACGGCUCAAGUCAAGUUUGACGAGGACAACGAACUACUGGUUUUCGUGUACGAUCCUUCCGACUCCGAGGUCAUUCCCGUCGGCAAACAAACCAAGAAUCCAAGACACAUUUGGUACAGGCCGUGCUCGGGAAUCUGGCAGACGGUGUGGCUAGAGAGCGUUCCAAGAGACCACAUCCAGCAACUCGACGUGGCGGCCGGCAUGGACGGAAUCGUCACCUUGACCGCUCAUAGUUCUCGGAGAGGAGGAAACCCCAUCGAAGUUUCCAUCUACAACCGAAAAGGGCACGUGGUUGCUCGCCGAAGAGGAAAUGCCGACACGGAACUCCAGUUUGAGGUGGACAACCCCGAACUUUGGGAGCCAUCUUCGCCCACUCUGUACAACAUGACCAUCAAGAUGGGCGAAGACGAAGUCCAAAGCUAUACCGGAUUCCGAACGAUUUCCAAGGGCCUCGUCAACGGCAUUCAGCGGCCACUUCUGAACGGGGACUUUGUCUUUCUGUUCGGCACUCUCGAUCAAGGAUACUGGCCCGAUGGGCUCUACACGCCGCCCAGUCGUGAGGCUAUGAUUUAUGACCUGAAGAUGCUCAAGUCCCUGGGCUUCAACAUGGUUCGAAAGCAUAUAAAAGUUGAGCCCGAUCUCUUCUAUCAAGCAUGUGAUGAAAUAGGCUUGAUGGUUGUUCAAGAUAUGCCAAGCUUGCCGGAUGACUUCAACCGGCUACCCAAUGACGCACAGCAAAAGGAGUUUCAGCGCCAGCUUGAAGUCCUCAUCAGCGAGCACAAGAGCUAUCCGUCCAUUGUGACCUGGGUCAUUUACAACGAAGGCUGGGGCCAGCGGAGAAACGCACCGUAUCCCGAAGGGCAACUCACUGAUGUCGUGCGCAGCAUUGACCCUACGAGGUUGAUUGACUCCGUGACAGGCUGGUUCGAUCACGGGUUUGGGGACUUUUCCGAUAACCACCAUUACGCGAAUCCCCAGUGCGGCACGCCAUUUUAUUCCAUUGCAUCUUCCCCGUAUGAUCCAACGCGAAUUGGCUUCCAGGGCGAGUUUGGGGGAAUUGGCCACAAUGUUUCAGCCGAUCACCUUUGGAAAGUCCAGCAGGCGAUAGACACAAUCAACCAGACAUACGAGGUCAGCAAAGACCUAAACGCCUAUAACUAUAGAGCUAGCGUCAUCUUUAUGGAGCUGCGCGAGCAAGUUGAGCGGUAUGCAUGCAGCGGAGGCGUCUGGACCCAAACAACGGACGUUGAGGGUGAGGUUAACGGGCUGUACACAUACGAUCGCCGCUUGCUGCGUCCAGAUGUGCAGCAGUGGAAGGACGACAUCGCGCUCCUUUACCGGGCUGCGCUCGCACGAGGGGUACGCUAA